CAUUUCCCCACGCCGCUUACGGUGGCUUACGUUUUCCCGACACUUACGUUUUCUUACGUCUGCUCGAGAAGUUUACGCUGAAAUUCAAGCAGCUGAUUAACUGAAUGCGGAAUAUUUGUCAAUGGAAAGAGCAGUAGUUAUACUCGAUAAAUUGGCCCGCAACGCUUUGCGGUCGCAGCGAAUACCGUCAAUCAAGCGCCCGUCGGCCUGUGGGAAUCACUUGGAGCGCCACCGCAGCACAUCUGGGUCAGAGUCCAAGGAAGUCCGGGAAAUGCUGAGCCAACUACCUCUCUUCGCUGGCGGCGAGAUCGUCCGCGGAUUCGGACGCGGCUCCAAGGAGCUGGGAAUCCCAACAGCUAACUUUCCGCUUGAGGUGGUGAAAUCGCUGCCGGAAUCACUGCCCACGGGCGCGUACUACGGCUGGGCGAACGUGGACAAUGGACCCGUGCACAAAAUGGUCCUCAGCGUCGGCUGGAAUCCCUUCUACAACAACAAGGAGAAGAGCGUGGAGACGCACAUGUUGCACGACUUCAACGGCGACCUGUACGGCCAGAUACUUAAGAUCUGCAUUGUGGGAUACCUGCGGCCGGAGCGAAGUUUCGACUCGCUGGAGUCGCUGAUAGCCGCCAUCCGGGCGGACAUUGAGCAGGCCAAGCAGUUCCUGGGCGAGGAGGACAAGGCCAAGUUGCAGGACGCACCGUUCUUCAGCGAGAAGCUUAGUCCCUCGAAAUAGCGACUCCGCACAUUCUCCUGGACAAGGAGGCCCAGCUGAAUGGGGCCUUAUAGAGAAGCUCUGCCCCUGGAAAUAGUUAUUCCACAAGUUAUCUUAUCACUCAGUUUGCACGAUGUACAAAGCGGAUUUCGAAUAACGAUUCAAGUACUUAGGUUGGCUGUUUUCAUUGAAUUCCGAUUCCCUCAUCAUGACACCAAACAAUUAAACCAAUGGCAUUUACUUAUCAAAAUUAUAAACUAAAUAUUUUGUUUAAAUGCUCGUGCUGCUAUUCUGGUAGAGGCUAUGAUUCACUAUUUUCUAAUGUAUUGAACAUUACUACUACGAAAUAUCAGGUGUUGCCAGCGCGAUGUCUUGAAUAACAAAAAUUGUAGAUUGCAGAUACAUUACAUUAAAUAUUUGUAUUAAAAUAUACAUCUUAA